GGUGAUCUGCUCCCUUCGCUCCUUCUGGCCAUCACACCUCCUGGGCUACAGCUCCAAGUAAGUUCGGCGCGUGGGCUUUCCACAAGAAUCUCCUUCUCGCUUCAUCAUUUCAUUCUUGUUUACUGAUACGGACACCUAAGAGCGACUAUUCUGCAAGAAGCGUCAAAAUGGAGGAGGAGCCAAGUACAAACGUAACCCGGAAGCAGUAGCCUGGAAAUGAGCGUGUUUGCAGUACCUUGAGCUGAAAUGUUGCGGACACAGAAGGUUCAAUUAUCAGUAAGAAACGAGAACGUCGUUUUUCUUCUUCUACUUAGGUUCUCAGCUAAAAGAGAAGCAUCCUCAAGAAGCAAUCGCAGGGUUGAGAAUGAAAAACCCUGAUCUUGGAAUAAACAGCCUAUGUUAUAACACAGGCUCUGCUUCUGUCCACUGCUGAGAUGAGUCGUCACCUGUGUAUGUGGCUUUUGCGGCAUCCAUCUCUUAAUGUUUGCCCCCAGAGACGCAUCUUCCUCUGUUGUCAGCCGUUUAGACAGGUCAGUCUUGAUACAAGGCUGUGGAAUUUCAGACAAAACAAGAGUCACGUUCUCCAUCAGCUAUUAAAUAAGAGUUGGCCCAGGGGCUUCUGUCAUCAAGAUACAAAGAUGCUUUGGAAACAUAAAGCCCUACAGAAGUAUAUGGAAGACCUGAAUAAAGAGUACCAAACCCUUGACCAGCGUUUGCAGGAGAUCCCUGAGAGUGAAGGAGACCGAAGGGCGUUGCACAGAAGGCAUGCUGAGUUGGCGCCACUGGCUGCUGUUUAUCAAGAAAUUCAGGAGGCCAAACAAGCCAUUGAAGAGUUAGAGUCGAUGUGUAAAAGUCUAAAUAAACAAGAUGAAAAGCAGUUGCAAGAACUUGUAUCAGAAGAAAGGCAAAUCAUUGAUCAGAAGAUCAACACACUGUAUAGUGAGCUUCUGGAGCAUCUAGUGCCAAAGGAGAAACACGACAGAAGUGACGUUAUUUUAGAAGUGACAUCUGGGAGAACUACUGGAGGUGAUAUCUGUCAACAGUUUACUAGAGAAAUAUUUGAUAUGUACCAGAAUUAUUCAUACUACAAACACUGGAAAUUUGAGCUGCUGAAUUACACACCAGCAGAUUAUGGUGGACUGCAUCAUGCAGCUGCCCGCAUUUCCGGUGACAGUGUCUAUAAGCAUUUGAAGUAUGAAGGUGGAAUCCACAGAGUUCAGCGAAUCCCAGAGGUGGGCCUGUCAUCAAGGAUGCAGCGUAUUCACACAGGAACGAUGUCAGUUAUUGUCCUUCCUCAGCCCGAUGAGGUAGAUGUGAAAGUGGAUCCCAGGGACCUACGAAUAGACACAUUUCGAUCCAAAGGAGCAGGAGGGCAGCAUGUUAACACAACAGACAGUGCUGUGAGGCUUGUCCACAUCCCCACAGGACUGGUAGUAGAGUGCCAGCAAGAACGAUCACAGCUAAAAAACAAAGAAAUAGCUUUGCGUGUGUUGAGAGCUAGACUCUACCAACGGAGAGCUGAGAGAGUCAAGUGUCAGCAGCAGAGCGCUAGAAAACUGCAGGUGGGAACAAGAGCACAGUCAGAGAGAAUCCGGACAUAUAAUUUCACCCAGGACAGAGUCACUGACCACAGGAUAGCGUUUGAAGUUCGGGACAUUAAGGAAUUUUUACGUGGUGAGAAAUGUCUGGAUCAGCUAAUUCAGAGACUGCUUCAAUCAGCAGAUGAAGAAGCCAUAGCUGAAUUUUUGGAUGAAAGCCUUAAAUCAGUGAAAUAAAUGCGGCUUAUUAUUUAUUAUUAAAUAAAUAGCCGGGCGGUGGUGGCGCACGCCUUUAAUCCCAGCACUCGGGAGGCAGAGCCAGGCGGAUCUCUGUGAGUUCGAGGCCAGCCUGGACUACCAAGUGAGUUCCAGGAAAGGCGCAAAGCUACACAAAGAAACCCUGUCUCAAAAAACAAAAAACAAAACAAAACAAAAAAAAUAAAUAAAUGAAAGAGACUUUGAUCAAGAAACAGGUGUGGGAAUCUUAAUGAAUAGUCAUAAAGUAUAGAUAUACAUACAGAGUUUUUAUAGAAGUCAUUUUAAUGAAUGAAAGUCACAUUUUGGGGGGUUUUGUUUUCUGAUUUUUAUCUUUUCAAGACAGGGUUUCUCUGUGUAGUUUUGGAACCUGUCCUGGAACUCACUCUGUAUACUAGGCUGGCCUUGAACUCAGAGAGAUCUGCCUGCCUCUGCCUUCCAAGUGCUUGGGCUAAAGGCCUGCGCCACUGCUGUGCCUGCAUCAGGAGACCCCCAAGCAAGACCACCUCAGAGCCGAUAUCUGAUGCAAAACACACGGGUUGGUCUAUGUCCAACACUCCGACACAGCGGGUGGAGGAGGACGGCCCUGAGCUGUCAGAGUGAGGAGUUUUUAAAGGCAAAAACUGCAAGCAGGAUGGUACAAGCCUUUGCAUGAGAUGAUUUGGGUGAGGGUGUGUAAUCUUUGAAUUUACUGGUUGGGGGUUACAGUUAUCAUUUUUGGGCAGGCCUGGACAGGUCCCAGGCUUUGUCCUUGAAGCUGCCAUGGGGGCUGGCUGGCCUCGAACGUUCACAUUGACCCACACACUUAGCUCUAAGUUGGUGAGGGGUCCCAGACAGUAAACAACUGGCUGAACCUUGAGCAGUCAGAGUACGUGCAGAAAGGGAGCUACUGCAAGGACUAUGUCUUUUGUUCGUGGCCCUCCCAGAAACUGCUUGCUCAAGUCUCAGGAAACUGAAAUUGAGGCCUGAUCUCUGAGAGAAGACUGAGCAGCCUGUCAUGGCGUAGACUUGGUCCUUUCACUACCGCCGCCCGGCACGUGAUGUAAGCCUUUUAAAAACCAUAAGCAUUUUUCUUCCAAGUAAGGAGAUUAUAGGUGUGAGUCACCAGGCCUAGCUUAUAUAGAGUUACAGUCUUUAAAAACUACACAACAGGUCCAAGAGAAAUUAGUAUCGACUAAAUACGUGAAACAGAAGGGAUGCUUGCAGGCAGGUCCCGUCCAAGGCACUCUUCAACGAGGGGAGGGUGGCCUUAUUUAAACCCUCAUGGCAGUUAAUGACUAAAAGGCAACGGAGAAUCAUCUUGAAUAUGAAAAUGAACACUCUAUAGAGGCGAUCUGAAUAUCAGAGUGAAAACAGUCGAGAUGAGCCAGGCUGUAGACACGGCAGCCUGGUGGUGCCGCUGACACUGAGUUGUUGGGAACAGGAGUGGAGUGGGUGUCAGAUGGAGUUGGAGGAGGGGGUGUGGUGACUCACGUGUACACGGCACAGAAGCCUGAGUUCUGAGAUGAGCAGGUACUGUGCUUUUUAUGCAGCCUUUUAAUGAAGUAUAUAUAUCCUGUCCCCUGCCUUAAAGGCCAAACAAGUAAGACAUGCUAUACAUUAGAGUGCUUAGAAUAAAAACUAGGAAAAGGAGUUGCAGAAAGCUGAGUCCAAUGUGUAGAAGGAAGGGAGCCUAGGGAAGCCAAUCAGGAACAAAAUCAUAGUGGAAGACAAAAGGGUCUGUCCCAGGAAAGACAUCAGGAAGAGAGAAGGAAUGAAGUCAACCAGCAUGGAAAUAGUGAAAAUAAGAGACAUUGGACCUCCUCAGGAGGGCCUUGGGUUGAUCCUGCUGUUGAAAACAUUCAUGAACAGAAAUGGAUAAGGAUUCUGUUAUAGGUGAUUAUGUCAAUUACAAGAAAAUGUGAAGAAUUGAAACUGAGGAAACGUGAUAAGGAACGUGCUAGUGAUAAAGUUGGGGCAGGAAUGAAAGGAUGCCAUGUUAAGUGCCGUGUUGGCAUUCUGCUACUUUGUUUUGCAAAAUCCUAGUCUGCCGAUCAUUGAGAAUCACCUCGGGAUGCAGAGGACCACAUUUGCAGCGAUCAUCUGUAUGAGCUACAACAAUGCUGAUUUCUGAACUUCUAGUUAAAGAGAGCCUUGCUUUAUGACUGAACUAUGCUCCUGAUGAUUUCCUAGAAAAGAGUUUCACAACUGUUGUGGAAUAUUCCUUUACACUGUGUAAAGAUGUGUCACUGUGAUUGAUUUAAAAAGCUAAAUGGCCCAUAGCUAGGCAGGAGGUAUACAUAUGACUUCUGGGGACAGAGAGCUCUGGGAAGAAAAAAGGCAGCCUCUCCAGCCAAAGACAGAAGAAGUAGGAUGGGCAGUACAGAGAGGAGGUAACAAGCAUGUGGAAGAACGUGGAUUAAAAAUUAUGGGUCAAUUUAGGUUAUAAGAACUAGUUAGAGCUGGGUGGUGGUGGCGCAUGCCUUUAAUCCCAGCACUUGGGAGGCAGAGGCAGGCCUGGUCUACAGAGUGAGUUCCAGGACAGCCAGGACUACACAGAGAAACCCUGACUUGGGAAAAAAAAAAGAAAGAAAGAACUAGUUAGAAACAAGCCUAAGUUAAGGCCAAGCUUUCAUAAUUAAUAAGAAGUCUCCAUGUCAUUAUUUGGGAGCUGGCUGGUGGGACAGAAAAAGACUCGUUACACACAACCUUGUUUAGUGCUAACAAUUAUGAGGAAACUCCUUACAUUUGAUAUAAUUUAUUGUGCAUGGAAAGCUCAAAUAUGAAUAUAGUUCAUUGAGUUUGCCAGUUGCAGACACCUGUGCAAACACCUGCUCAAACAGAAGAAAACAUUUUCCCCAACUCCCAAAGUUUCCUCAUAUUUCUUUCCAAUCUAGCUAUCCACCAGCUCUCCACCCUUCAUCCAAGACUGGCAGCUGUCAUGACUGUUGUUCACGGAAGUUUAUUUUCACUGGGCUGGGAGUCCACCAUUUGGAUGGACAAGUCUUUAUCUGCCUUCUUUUACUCUGUAAAAAAUUUGAGAUUUGCCAGGCAGUGGUGGUGCACAUCUUUAAUCCUAGUAUGUGGGAGGCAGAGGCAGGAGAUCUCUGAGUUCCAGGCCAGCAUGGUCUACAGAGUGAGCUCCAGGACAGACAGGGCUACACAGUGAAACCAUG